AUGCAUAUUUCUUUAUCUGAUUGGCUGUUUUCCUUUUCCUCUCUCUUCCUCCUCCCUUCUCCACAAUUCUCCCUUUUUUCUUCUUCUUUCGUCUUCUGCUCUUUUUCUUCUUUUUCUUCCUCUGCCCAUUUUCUCCUUUUUUUCUUCUUCUUCUCUUUUUUCUUCUUUUUCUUCUUCUGCUCCCCUUUUUCUUCCUCUUUCGUCUUCUGCUCUUUUUCUCCUUUUUCUUCUUCAGCUCUUUCUUCUUCUUUUUCUUCUUCUGCUCAUUUUCUCCUUUUUUCUUCUUCUUCUUCUCUUUUUUCUUCUUUUCUUCUUCAGCUCUUUUUUAUUCUUUUUCUACUUCUGCUCUUUUUCUCUUUUUUCUUCUUCUGCUCUUUUUUCUUCUUUUUCUUCUUCCGCUGUUUUUUCUUCAUUUCUCCUUCUGCUCAUUUUCUCCUUUUUUUCUUAUUCUCCUCUUUUUUCUUCUUUUCUUCUUCUGUUCUUUUUUCUUCUUUUUCUUCUUCUGCUCUUUUUUCUUCUUCAGCUCUUUUUUCUUCUCCUUCUCUUUUUUCUUUUUUUUUCUUCUUCUUCAGCUCUUUGCCUUCUUUUUUCUUCUUCUGCUCUUUUUCAUCUUUUUUCUUCUUUUUCUUAUUCUUCUCUUUUUUCUUCUUUUUCUUCUUCUUCUCUUUUUUCUUCUUCUUCUCUUUUUUCUUCUUUAGCUCUUUUCCUUCUUUUUCUUAUUCUUCUCUUUUUUCUUCUUUUUCUUCUUCUGCUCUUCUUUCUCCUUUUUUCUUCUUCUUCUCUUUUUUCUUCUUUUUCUCCUUCUGCUCUUUUUUCUUCUUUUUCUUCUUGUUCUUCUUCUUCUCUUUUUUCUUCUUCUUCUGCUCUUUUUCUCCCUUUUCUUCUUCAGCUCUUUUUUCUUCUUUUUCUUCUUCUUCUUCUUUUUUUUCUUCUUUUUGUAAUAAUCACAAUGAAAAUAAAAACAGUAUCAAUACAAUUAAUCCAUUGGAUUACGUUUUUGUUCUUUGA